AUGUCUCCCCUUCCUCCUGACCAUCAGAAAUCGGACCAGGCAUUCCUCAUGCCCACUAGUGCAACUCGUCGCCGGGGGAGCGGCCCCAGUAUUAAAAAGGCCCAGGGGCAUGUUCCGGCAUGCCUGGUCAACGCCUCGGUGACGUAUUGCAACGACGAUCAGAUCUAUGCCUUUGGCGGGUUUGAUCAGUACACAGAUGAAGUCUACAAUCAUGUCUUGAGACUCAAUCUGACUACUCUGCGAUGGGAGCUGAUUGACAACUACGGGGACAUUCCUGGGGUCCGCAUGGGACACACUGCCAACCUUCACAAUGGAGACAAAUUGAUCGUUUUUGGUGGGGAAAACGAGCAUCGCGAACACCUCUCGGACGUGGUCAUUCUGGAUAUCCCAACCUCUACCUGGCACCAACCGGAGAUUCGUGGACCGAUCCCGCACGGAAGGGCUCGCCAUGCUGCCGUGAUCCAUGAUGACAAACUGUUCAUUAUUGGAGGAGUUACCGGCGAGAAUCAUGUCCUCGACGAGCUGUCGUACCUCGACCUGAAGACUUGGACAUGGUCUCGCACAUGGAGAUUCACCGCCAGAUUUGACCACAUUGCCUGGGUCUGGGGCGACCGCCUGUGGAUAUUUGGAGGUCUCGAUCCGGAUAUGGAGCGCACGACCGACAUCUGGUGGCUUGAUCUCAAAGGCGUUCCCUCUCUCGGAAUGACAGCUUCUCAAGGUACCGUGGAUUCCCAUGUUCAGCUCAGCAGGAUUACUCAUAGCCCAGAUGGACUGCCUAGUACCUCAUCGCAUCACCAAAAUGCCCGAUCCAAUAACUAUGCGGCCAACUCGGGAAGUGUUCAAGUUCGCAACUCCAACCGACGGAAACCCAUUGCGCCCGGAGCAAUUUCUUCUCUCAAAUUCACCUCUGGUCCCCAUGUCCCGGCGCUGUUUUCCGGGACUCACUUCCAAGCCUAUGCAUCCGGCGUUCUACUGGACUUGAUCACCCCGUCCGAAACGGUGCGUGCCGACGAGUGCAAUUUGUCGUCCCUGGAUCUUGAUUCCUUGCGAUGGCAGAGAUUAGCCGAUGGCCAAGAAAUCUUCAAAAACGGAUAUCGCUGGCAUUACUGUACUAUCGAUGCGAGCGGCACCAAAGCUUGGUUAUUGGGCUGCAGUCUGGAUUCCGCCGCCACCCCCGGAACUGGCGAUGAGAACCAUAUGAGCGAGGUUCUCUGCAUCAACCUGGAAAAAUACGGGCUGUUGGGCAACCAGAUGGCGGAAUUUUCACCAAACCAGAGCCGGACGAUGUAUGGCGGCCGGCUAGGACUGGGACCAAUAUCUGGCCUUGGCUCGGAUCUCCUGGCCGUGUUCGACCAACCGCCGGAAUCCGGUACUGGUGCUGACUUUGUAAUCACCGCUAAUCCGGAUGAUCAGGACGAUUCAGAAGAUCCAUGUCAGUAUGGCGUUCCACUGCAGUUGCAAACGGAGUUGGUCCCUCAUAACGCGGCCACGUCUCCUCCCAUCCAUGUGCAUCGUCUGAUCUUGCAGCUGCGAUGGCCUCAUUUCAAGAGGCUGUAUUCGGCCCAGAUGGCUGAAUAUCAUUCCAAGAGAAUGCACAUACCCGAACCCUACUCCGUCGUCCGCGCGUUUCUCUACUACCUCUACACUGACAGCAUCUCGGCCCAUUCGGAAUACUGCCCCGAUAUCAUCGACGUGGCUGGUAUGCUCGUGAUGGCGAAUCUUUAUGACAUGCCCACGUUGCGUCUGCUAUGCGUCAACCGGCUGAGCCGCGAGCUGGAUAUCGAGAACGCCGCCAUCAUCUGGGAACGAGCUGGCCGGACGAAUGAGGAAUGGCUCAUGCGCCGCGCCGCGCAGUUCUGUCUUGGCCACUGGGGUCGCAUCGUGCGAACUGACGGGUUCAGGUCCCUUAGUCGGCAAAGUCUCGUUGAAUUAUGUGGGGUGGUCGAUAUCGAAAGCCGCGUCGUCGCCGGGUCCGAGUUAGAGAUGGCUGGAGAGCUCGGAGGCCACGGCCGAGAGCACAAGCCGUCGCAACUGGCCAUCCCAGGCCCUGCGGCUGAGGAGGCCGAUGAAAUGGAGGGUGAAGAGCUAGAGGCGAUGGAAAUGUCUUGA